UGUUUCGCGUCUCAUAACGCCAACGCUCUCUGUUUCUGUGUCACCAACCCCAAAUUCAAUCUUCUAAGCUCCUCAAAGAAGCCAAAUCGUCUCGCGCCCUGCGUUCUCAAUGUUGGAUUCCAAGAUAUCGCCGAAGUCGUCCACAACAAGGUUCUCAUAGCUGCUGGGGUUUCCGGAGCGAUUGGGCAGCUCUCAAAGCCCUUCACUUCUGUUGUCUUUUAUGGGAAAAAGCUGGACUUUAGAACUGCUUUACAAGCUGGAGGCUUCCCUUCAACGCAUUCGUCUUCUGUUGUGGCUGCAGCAACUGCAAUUGCUUUUGAAAGGGGAUUUGCUGACUCCAUUUUUGGUCUCACUGUGGUUUAUGCUGCCCUUAUCAUGUAUGAUGCCCAGGGAGUGAGAAGAGAAGUUGGAAAACAUGCGAAAGUAUUGAACAAAAUAACAACCAAUGCUCGGAAAGUUGAAGAGAUGAGUUUGUUAAAGGGGAACGAAGCUAAGGCUUUACAAUCAGAGGAGAUCAGUGAGGAAGUGUCUGUUCCAUUGAAAGAGUCAAUAGGACAUACUGAAGUUGAAGUCAUAGCAGGAGCUUUGUUCGGUUUCUUUGUUAGCUUCGGUGUUUACUCGCUUAUAUUGGAUAAAGAAAAAUUAAGAGAGACGCAGUGGAGAAAUGUCAAAGUCACACAUCGUCAUCAAUUGUUCAGCUACGCCCUUCAACCUUCUUACGCUGCCGCCUCUGCCGUUUCCCCCGCGCCGCCUCCGCCGCAACCGCAGUCGACCAUCGGUCUUUCUUCUGUUUACGGUUCUUCCUCCGCUCCUGACCGUUACUUCCCCGAUUCCACGUAUCGUUUCUUGCCCCACGACGGAUCCGAAGCUUUGAGCAACUAUUCCUCCUCCCUGGGAACCCUUACAUCGUCUUCCGCCAUGUACCAUCAUCUCCCCAACACGACGGCGUCGCAUUUGGCGUAUCCGCAGCUGCUUCAGCAGCAUCAGGAAGCUUGGCCGCCCGGCGUGGAGCUGCCUGUUGCUGCUUCCGCCGCCGAGCCUCUUCCUCCUGGUGUCAAACGCACCUCUGAAGCGCUCUACUAUCCGACACUCUUGGGUGCCCAUAAUACAAUUGGUCAAACCGAAGCUUGGUAUGCUACAGACUAUUUAACGAAGCGACUUAAGCUGGAGAGUACGAGCAAUUUGCCUGUAUACCCACAGAGGGCAGGGGAGAAGGACUGUACCCACUAUAUGCAAACAAGAACAUGUAAAUUUGGAGAUAGCUGCAAGUUUGAUCAUCCUAUUUGGGUUCCUGAGGGCGGAAUCCCAGAUUGGAAAGAGGCACCACUUGUUCCAAACGAUGAUUACCCUGAGAGACCAGGAGAACCAGAUUGUCCGUAUUAUAUAAAAACACAACGUUGCAAAUAUGGAAUAAGGUGCAAGUUUAAUCAUCCGAGAGCAGUGGCUGCAGUUAGUGUUGAAAAUCAAGAUGCAUUACCUGAGAGGCCUGCUGAGCCCCCGUGCACGUUCUACAUGAAAACUGGAAAAUGUAAAUUUGGUAUAACAUGCAAGUUCCACCACCCAAAGGAUAUCCAGCUACCAUCAUCUAGUCAGGAUAAUGGUAGUAGUGAGGCGUUACCCAGUGAUACUGAUGCCACCAACAAUCCGCAUGUGACGUUUGCCCCAGCAUUAUAUCACAACUCGAAAGGACUACCUGUUAGGCCGGGUGAAGUGGACUGCCCGUUCUAUCUCAAAACCGGAAGCUGCAAGUAUGGAUCCACUUGUCGCUACAAUCACCCUGAGAGGACUGCAUUCACCCCUCAGGCUGCUGGGAUAAAUUAUCCUCUAGUGUCCUCGACCGCUGCGGGUGUAAACCUUGGGUUGGUUAACUCAGCUGCCUCCCUCUAUCAGACUCUUUCUCAACCCACCCUUGGAGCGCUUUCAGCAAUUUAUCCCCAAAGACCCGGACAAUCAGAAUGUGACUACUACAUGAAGACAGGGGAGUGCAAGUUUGGAGAGAGAUGCAGGUUUCAUCACCCAGCAGAUAGGUUAAAUGCAACGACGACCAAACAAGCUUCUCAGCAACCGAAUGUAAAGCUGAGUCUUGCAGGGUAUCCCAGGAGAGAGGGUGCGCUUAAUUGCCCGUAUUACAUGAAGACAGGGACUUGCAAGUACGGGGCAACAUGUAAGUUCGACCAUCCUCCUCCAGGUGAGGUGAUGGCUAAAACCGCUUCAGAAGCCGAUGCUGGUGGAGGAGCUGACACGACUCAAUGA